GUUUUUCUGUUUGCUCUUUAAGCGAGAUACAGUGGGAAUACUAAAAGUUGCUACGAUAAAUUCACUUUUUCAUUUCUAAUCGGAAAUUUGAAUUUAGUUGUUGCGGCCCCGUCGCGAGCCGUAGGAGAACGUUUAUUUCACGUUGAAAGUAGUACAGAGGAAGAUUCGCAAGGAAAGACAUCAGUAGCAAAAUGAUGUCUGGCGAAAUUGCAGCCAGCGUAGCUGCCGGAGCUGCGUUUUUAUCGAAGGAGCAGGAGAAUAAAGCCACCGGUGUGAUGACCGGCGAAGAUCAGGGGACGAGUGCAGCUAACACAUCGAGUUUGGCCGCCGAGAACCUGCUGUUCCCAGUAGAAAAUGAAAAUGAUACUACAGCCACAGCUGGUACCAGCACCACAGCAAAGAAGACGUACGAGUUUUUCGAGCCAACGACCCACGAGCACCAAGAAAAAGCCACGACCCAUGCGUUUUUCUUGUCCAAAAAAUCUCCCUCUUCUUCCCCGAACGCAGGCAGCCGCGGCACAAGCAGCUUUGCGCUGCAACCACAGCCAAGGGCAACAGGAGGAGGGCCUCCUCCAGGGGCGAACAAUGCUGCUGUGGGGAACAAGAACAUAGCAGGAGCAGCUGGUGUUGAGGGUAGUACGAAUCAACAGCACACCGCUAAUUAUACCCAAGAACUACAUCAGCAACACUUCCUGAAGAAGCCGCUCCCACCGCUGAUCGCCCAGGGCAGUGUGUUGGGCGCCCGUAGUUCGCGGUACUCCACGCGCGCGGGAGCUGCCUCGUCAAGCGUCGCCGGUGGACAACUUUCAGCGGGAGCAGGUGCAGCAGCUGCCAGUACUAUCCCUUUGGGAGCACCAGCCAUUUCAAGCGCUGCGUCUAGCACAGCAGCAUCUGCAACAUCAAGUAGUGGCUCUGUAGUUGUACUACCAGCGGCUUCCAACAACCUACAACCUUCGAACUUUUUCAACAAUGCAGCCAAGAGCGCGGGGGCACCAUUUCAAAAUGCGCCCCAGAACAGUCCUCCAUUGCCGCCGUUUGUGAUGCCUGCUUCAGGUGUUGACCAGCUGACGGUCAAAAAAAAGGUCAGUCCGACGACAGCGACCGCUGGUGGUUCCUCCUCUUCAACUUCAUCUUUACUCGCCGCGGGCAAUAACACUGUGUUAAACAAUAAGCCGAUAAUUGGAGCAGGUACAACGAUGCUGACGUCCUCUGGUGUGCCGCUGCUCUCGAUGAGCACUUCUAGAGCGAAGUCCUCCUCGCCACCAGGUUCAACAACUAUUGAAAAUCAACAUGUACCGGAGCUACUCCCAGGUAACGCACUGCCGAACAAUAGUACAAAUACAAACAAAACCUUCUGCAAUUUCGACCCGCUGCACAACGCCGGAACCACCAUUGGACAGCACCUGCUGGCCGCACCAGUUGUGGAUGAGCUCGAGAACCAGGCGCUCGAAUCGUCUACGCGCGCGGCGGUGCUGCGACAGGCCCAAUUGCGGCAUUUGCGCGGAACAGCGGAGGUUGGUAGUUCAUCAUCUUCAUCACCCGGAGCCGCGGGUUCCCCAGGAACUGCAGUGAUUAUCCCAGGAGGCGGUGGCCUCAUCGGAACUGGCGCUCCUACCUCCCUGAACUCCCCCGGGGGAGGACCAGGAACGGGCAACUCCACGCCACCGCGACAACUGUCCCCGAAGAUUCAGCUGCAAUUGCCCGAAAUUUACGACGCGGACACCGAUCCAUUGGCGCAGCAACUGGACAUGGAGGAGCACAUGCGGGAGCUUGCGCAGCAGUUCGGAGGUGGACCGCAGCAUUUGGAUGUGGUGAAUCAAUUGCGGAAUCUGGACGAAGACAAGGGGUGGUGGGGCGGAGGUAAUGGCGGUUCAUCUGGGUUCGACUCCUCGGACAGCGAUGACGAUCGGUGGGAUGAAGAAAAGUGGAACGAUAUCCUAAGAAAAAAUGUCCCCACCCCAGAGUUGUCAUGCAAAUGCGCAAUGAGAGCAACAUUUGUAAUGCGGAUCUGCAUGAGAGGCAUUUGCAUUUCGAAUCGUGUUUCGGACUUUGUAAUGCUGUAAAACGAGAUGAGAAGCUGGCUUUCUCAUGCGGCUGCCCUUGCUAAUAAACAGCACGACAAUACAGAUGGGAACUUGUCAUGCAAAACUCCCAUAAGGUGGAGAUUUGUGUUGCAGAUUGAUCAACUUGACUACGGGGUGGGGACGUUUUUCCUCAGGAUAAACGACCAGGCAGCGUUGAUGAUGGCCGCCGCAGGUGCGCAGAACAAUAACAAACCAGCAAACGCCGUUGAGUUCAACGCAGCGCAACACUUAUUUACCGAGGAGCCGAAUGAGGAAGAAAUUGGCGAAUCCUCCAGUUCCUCCUAUAGCUCCCCGACUGGCGAUACAUUAGCAGCCGAAAAACCGAUUUUUGCCGCGAAUGACAUGGACGAGCAGGAUGUUGAUGUUGAAGUAGUCGCCGGCCAAGAAGGGCAGAAUUCGAUAAACGCGGAGCUGGAGCAUUUUCUGGCCAGUACGACGCAACAAGACUUCAGCAUGUUGUACCACCAGCAACAAGGGAACAACAUGAAGCGAACAAAUACGGACUUUGAUGAUCAUCUUCAUAUCGGAAACAAAAAUAACAAGCCGCCCCCGGGACUGGGAAAUAGUGAUGAUGAUAGCGAAGACAGUGAUGACAGCAACGGCAGCAACGAGGAGAUACUAAACCAAGAAGGGCAACAAAAUUACAGUCCACCGGGGCUUGGAUCUACUUCGGGAGCAGCAUCUUCAUCCUUAAUAGUGGAACAGGGAGAGCAGGGACACGAACAGACCUCCACCGCGUCGACACAUCAACGGUCCCGACUUUUGAACAACAGUCGCAAUUUGAUCAAAAUUCGAGGUACAUCUUCCCCGUCGUCGUUAGAGCAGAGCAGCAGUGGCAAAAUUACCAGCGAACAAAGCCAUGGCGAGGCUGACGAAAAGCUCCAGUUUACCUUCACUGCCGCGAUGGGGGCCAGCAAUAGCGACUUGAGGGCAGUACCUGGUAAUGCAGAGGAACUUCUGCCACAGCGGCUCCGUCUGUUUGCCGCUGGUGCGCCUAGUACCUCUUCUAGUUCAUCAUCUACAGCGAGAAAAAAAUCCUCGUCCCCGACGGGGCAAAUAGAAGAUGCCGAAAACAACAACAACAGCGACGAGGAAGAUUUUGAUGCGGAUGGUUCGCUCAGCCUGAAGCACAGUCAGAAAGUGGUGCAUAUGGCGUUCUCAAAUGUUACAUUUUCAACUGUUGCAUGAAUUUCUAAUGCAAAGACGGCAAAUCUGAAAGGGGGAAGAUUGCGCCUUUUGCAUUACAGAUUUGGCACGCCGUUAGAUGCUGCUUAGCCCUUCGGAGAUUUGCCAUGCGAAGCACCUUAAUCGCGGCGAUCUUCGUGGUAAAUUUUCAUGACAAAUCGUGUAACGGUUGAGAGUGUAACGUUGGAGAGUCCCAUAGGGCAAACUCUGAAGCGGCGCCGCAUUCCAGACCACAUCGACACCGAUGACGCCGGGGCAGGAGCGGUAGAAGAUGCUCCUGCGGGAAAUAACCAUCGAAGCGUGUUUCAUUUUCGGGACCGGGGUAUCCGAGGGAAGUGUUAUGGUUUCUUCUUCACGAUCACGAUUCAACAUCUUCGUUUUUAUUGAAACAACAACAUCGUGAAUUUUGCAUCGAUUCUGGCACUGGUUAUAGUCCACAUGCCCGCAUGCGCAUGGAGAAAGGCAAAGCAACAAGGUACGUUGCGCUUUCUAGAGUUGUAGCAAAAGGUAGGAACAACUCUAUGGUGUUAUUCGUGAUCGUCGUGGCGAAGAUUUUUCCGCACGAUACAAAAGAGUAGUGAAAAGCAGGCGGCUUUACUCGCUGGCAGUAUCACGUCCUCCCCAAGUGGCGCAGGAGGAGCAGGCGCUUUUGGCAGCCGCUUAAAGCUGGUAUUGAACACAAAAACUACGAGUAGAAUAGACACACACUGAAGAGAAAUGUAGUAAAAGCUCGUUCCAUGUCAAAGUGGGGGACAAAAAUUUGUCAUGCGUUUUGACUACGCCAAACCCAAACCUAAACGAAAUCCACAGGGCCACCACGUCCGCAACCCGAUCUCUGGAGGGAUGAUGGACGGGAAUACGCUAUCUUUUUGGCGAAACCCGGAGAACGCGUUCCGGGGGCCCAUGCUCGCCUCGUCCUCUCCUACGGGCGCCGCACAGAAUGGAGGCGGCGGCGGAAGUCCGACCUCCUUUUACGAUCAUCCCGCUGCGUUUGACUCACCGAUGUCUUGCAGAACAACCUGUAUCAAAGAAACUUUUGCUACUUCAAUAGGAAUUCGGGCUCUUUGUCUCUCUUCUUCAGCCUACAUUUUUAAGUUUUGGCUUUUUGGUGACACUUUUGUUGUAUCCUGAAAUAUCCAACAACUUCUAACAGCGGAACAGGAAGUUUCCGUCCGGGAGGCUACGUCGGCGGGCAAACCUGGGAGCAGGGACCUUAUGAUCUAGAACUAGUGUUUAACGCAGCUUAGCAGAUCGAUGUGGCCGCGACAAGAGACUUAAGCUUAAUAGUACCUUUGGACGCAGCAUGCGACAAGAGGACUACUUUCCUACUGGAACUGGUUGAGUUCUUGUUGACUAGCCAGGAUCACCACGAGCAUAUGCAAAUGCAUAUGCAUUUUUCAUUCUUUUGUCGCGGUAACUACACCAGAAGAAGGAAUCUGUCGUGCACACGACCUAACCCUAAGCUGCCUCUUCUUCCCUGCCAUACUUCCUCUGCGCCGAAUCCGGAAUAACGAUGUGCUGGACUACAUAUCAAAUGCAAAUAUGUCUGGGUCUGAAAAGGUUCGAAUUUGUGAUGCUACCUCCUUCCUUCGGAUGCUAACAAAAUCUGUAUUGGAUGAAUAGCAAAACCAGUCCACUUUUGGCUGCACGGCGAGGGCAUUUCUCAUGCAGGACAGGCAUGAAGAAGGCCACGCAAGUCCUGUGAAGAUGCUAGGGCAUACAUCACAAGCGUCGCGGGCUAUUCAGAAUGUGCAUGACAAACCUUGCAUGUUUCCAGACCCAGACACUUUUGCAAUCCAUACAACAUGAGCGGUGUCAAGUUUGACGAGCUACCGGACAUCCACUCCUACCGGGCAUGGGCGCGCAUGCAAGAAGAAAAAGGAAAGAGGUACAACUAGUAGAACUGUGGAUCUUCAUGAGUGACAGAUGAAUAGCGCAAGUGGAUGAGCUACUAGUUGUGCCUAGAAGUAGCAUAACCAUUAGCUGUGGAUUCUACGAAAGAAAGUAGAAGUCCAUGAGAUGAAUAUCAUGGGAAAUUAUAAACAAGUAAAGCAUGACCAUGUGUUGGUAUAACAUGAUCAAAACCUCCAGGGGCGCGAGCAACUACGCUGACGGAAGCUUUUCGCGAGGCCUGGAGGAUUUUUUUGCGAAUGGUCCGGGAAAGGAGCUUAUGAAUUGCAAAAGUAUCGUACUCGUAUGAAUGCAUUACAGUUCCCUCAGCAUGAAAAAUGAAAUUUGUACUGCGGGUUUACCUGAAGAAAAAAAUUUGUAAUGCAUGACUGCAAUUAGUACGAGGCGAGCGCGAUACUUUUGCACAGAAUAGAGCUGCUGGCACGAGAUCUCGUGGAGACCGGACUGUCCCCAGACAUCACAAACGAGCUGCUGCGCCUCCUGCCAAACUAAUUCGUGGUGUUGGAAAAGGUUUAAAUAUAAAUCAAAUAAUGAAUACUCAAAAAUAUUAGCGAACGGAGCUCUAUAUUUAACUAAGGCGUCGUCUCCACGGCUUCGUUCGGUGCGUCAUCGCGGUUCCGUACGUUCUCCUACUUCUUCGUGGGGAAAAAAAGGUGCGGUUGACGCUGCAUAAAUCGCUGUUGUAAGACCACCUACCUGCUUCCCUUUGAUGUACUUUGACUUUUUUGUAGAUUUUUAUGCAGCUCCAUCUACGUCAGCGAUGAAAUAGCGAAACUUUCAUCGAUCAAUGACAAUGUGCAUUCCUCGUGGUGCAUAUCAAUCAACUGGUGCGGUGUAAGUUGAUUUUCCCACGGAAAAAAGUAUCUAAAUCCACCGAUUGUUGAUAAACGAAAUUUAUAGAAAUUGAUGGCACAACCGCGAAACACGAACGGCUUGACGACGUUCAAGUAGUCUUCUUUUGAAAAUCCUCAACAAAUGAGCCACCUUUUUUCUCUUUCAUUGUGACAGACGACAUUGCCGUUUUUGACUUUUUCUCCAUUUUACUUUUUUCGUUUUUCAACACUUUUCAACAGAAGUCUAUCUAGAAGAAGUCGAGACAAUGUUUAAUUCAUUUUUUCUCUUUCUGCUUCUGCACCUGCAGGAGCUGGCAACGUGCAUAUAGACGUCAAAAGGCAUGAGAGGACGCGGCGGUUGUAUAAUAGCCGCCGCGUUCUUUCAGGAGUGAUGUCACACACGUUGUCGUGUGUGUGGCUCGCCACUAUUUAUUAUGCGAUGUUGGGACGAAACAUCAAGUUCAAGAUCAACUGCAGGUCGCUUUUUGCAUAGCAAUCGGGAAUCAAAAAUGCGGCAUUCCGUACGCACCAUGUAUCAACAGCAUGAUUUUUGUAUAGUUUUCUUUGAUACGCCAAUGUUUCGGAAUGCGGCGUAGCUGUGCAUAGCUGCGAUUAGCUGGUAAGGUCGUGUAUAAUUUUAGAAAUAAGAACAAUGGUUGCGCUUUGUUGGCUCGAUGGAAUCAUCAUGCGUGAUGCAUCUAGUUGUUUCCUUUUCUCACGAGGUGUACGAUUUUUUACGGACCAAACAAAUGUACCUAUUUUGUGAUUUUUUCGGAAAAUGAUCUGUCUUGUCUAUCGACCACUCGGACUAUUUGGUGGUCUUUUUAGUAGUAUUCUUUGUCUAUUUCCACACGUUAGUUCAUUUCAGUUCUAAACAACUAACUCUUGUUUCGCCACUCGCUUGUACUCAAAAUUUGUUGAAGAGGCACUUCUUCUUGAAAAUG